UCUCUCUUAUCUCUCAUCAGUUGAUUAUACUUUACACUGAACUUAUUGAACUUGAAACUAAUUGACUGAUUUAUAUAAGUAAUCGUGAAGUGUGUAUUAAGCAACACUUGUUAAUCUACAGUGUGGUAAUUAAUCUCUGAAAGUUGGGAGCUCAAGCUAUUCCCCUUAAGAAAAAAUAAUAAUCCCCAAAUCCCACCGUCGACUGGAAUCCCUCUCUUCUCCAAUCCCCUUUUAUUUUGUGUGAAUUAUAUCGUUUUAUUACAUCUAUAACACUUGGGAACAUCUCUGGUUGCUGAGGACGUAUAAUUGAUUAAGUGUUAAGAGAAUUGGACUCCAUUAAGACUGGUUGUUACUUCGCUUGACAUCUUCCCAUCUCUUCAUCUUCGCUAUGCAGGCGUGAUGUUGAUGUUGAUGUUGUGGAGGGUGACUGUGGUGGAGUGUUGAGGGUCAGGGCGCUGCCCACCUGACUGUACCCGAGCGUGACCUGUGCCGCCAUGAGGCCCCUCAGACUGACCUUCGCCUGGCCUCAGCUCCUGCUGCUGGCGGCCUCUCUGGCGGGGCCGCACAGCCGCAGCGCCCGACCUCGACCCCGAGAUCGACAUUCUUGUCGAAUCUUCCCCCGUGGCCGCCACCGCCGUGGUCGCCUCGGAGGACACUCGCCUCCUGCAGGAUGUUUCGAAACCUGCCGGGGAAGAUAAUGACGGAGGAGCCAGUGCUGGAGGAGGAGGUGGUGGUCACGACGGAGGAGGUGGUUUCUCAGGUGCCGGAACCCAAGCCCCGUAUAGCGUACAGCCAGGCGUGGGUCAACAAGACUUACCUCGCCAAGGAUGACUUCAAUCCCCGAGGCAUGGAGCACCUCUACCUCAUAACCAACCUCUUCCUCGACCUCGUACAUCGCCGGCGGGAGGUUCCUGCCGAAUUAGAGUCGCUGGUGUCACAAGAGUUGGCACAGCCGACACUGGACAAGCAGCAGGCGAUGCGUGUGGUGUCGGAGCUGGAGGCUAAUUGGGACGUGUUGGUGAUGCACUACAUCGGCCUGGUGGCGCUGGUGGUGAUCGGGUGUCUCAUGAUCGUCAUUAUGCCCCUCGCCGGCCUGGUGUUCGCCUGCUGCCGCUGUGCUGGCCGGUGUGGCGCUCACGAACCUCACUACGACAAGAAGCGCGACCCCUGCAAGAGAGCCACCCUGGGCACCUUGCUGGCUAUACUGGUGGUGGUCAUAUUGUUGGGUCUGGUGUGUUCCUUCGUGUCCAACGCCAGGAUGGAGGAGGGGAUCCAAGGACUGCCUAAGGACUGGUCCCUCGCUGUCCACGAUACCAAACUCUUCCUCAAUAAUACCGAUAGCGAGGUGCAGAAUCUACUAGUAAGCAACUACCGGGAAUUGCAGAAUGUUCUCUUCAAUAAACUGGACACAUUUGCAGGUAGUGGUGAGCUUGUUAAGAGUGAACUGGCGCGAGUAACCAAAGCUGUGGCCAUUGACAACCUGACAGCCAUUGCCACAAGCUUGUCAGUCAUCAAGAAGGACCUCUGGGAAAUCAAGAACACAACACUACAACUACAGGACCAGACAUCAAAUCUACAGAGUGGGCUGGGUGAUGUCGCUUUCAGGCUGAGGGAGCUUCAAGAGUCAUGUAAAUCACUGCCUGACUGUCAUGAACUCAUCACAGAAUACGCAGAUAAGCUCAAGAUAAAUAAUGACUUUGAUCGGUAUCUGGAGACCGAUGUUUUGCCUCAGCUUCCGAAUGUUGAAUCAAAGCUUGACGAAGUAACCGCUCUCAUAGAAAACGAUAUAGAGAUUGUGGUGAAGCGAGGAAAGCGAGCGUUUGAUUCAAUCGCGACAGAGAUCCAAAACAAAGUUCAAAGUUCAAUACCCGAAAUCAAGGAGAAGAUAUUAGAUGCAGGAGGUCAGCUGGAGGACGCAGCUGAGAAAAUUCACCGAAUACUGCAGCCAAUUGAUCUUAGUGAGUCUCAGAAUCCUGACUCUUACCCAAGGGAAUCCAAUGUCUAUCUGAGGAAGAUAAACACAUACUUAAGAAUCAUGCAGGAUGGGAUAAAUGAAUAUGCUAUGUACAGAUCCUGGGGCUUCAUGGGCCUCUGCAUAUUGCUGCUAGUGAUAACACUCUGCUUCACCUUGGGUGUUGUUAUUGGCUGCUGUGGUCGCCGGCCUGAUGGAGCCUCUUCAUGCCACAAGGCUGCCGGUGCCUCUUGGCUCAUGUGUGGUGUUGGGUUGACAUUCCUCUUCUCUGCGGUGAUCAUGGCGUGUACUACUGCACUGUUUGUCGUGGGCAGUGCCAGUGAGAUUCUGGUGUGUGACCCACUCAGUGACCCAACACACUCUGAAGUUUUAUCAGUGGCUGCUGAUCUAUAUAACUUCAAUGACUAUUAUCCAUCUGGUGAGGCACCAAGAUUGACUGAAAUGAUAAGUAAGUGUCACAAGAAUCAGUCUCUCUACUCAGUGUUGAGUCUGGACCACAUAGACAGCAUCCUAGCAGAACUCCAGGACUAUAAGAAACGACUUAAUCUUGAUGAAAAGAUUGAACAACUGAUGAACGAAAUUCGUGUUGAUACAAAUGUUGAGAUCUUGUCAAGGGAUGCCAAAGAACAGCUGUGGGAGCUGGCCAACUCCUCAGUUGCUGACAAGGACACAUGGGACUACUAUACUGAUAUUUUAGAAAAGAAAGUUCUUACAAUUGACUUGAUGGAGUUAGCAGCCUUACUGAACCAGACAGCUGACCAGUUGCCAAAUGGAUAUCACCAAGUGUCUUUCAAGCUUAAAAAUGAUGCCCUUUUCUUAGAGGGCUUGCAACGAUGGGUGACAUCAAUUGGUUCACUGACGAAGAAUCUAAAGAAAACUACUGCACGACUCAACGAGCACCUGAAAUUCAACAAGACAAGCUUACGUGAAGCUAUUGGAGAUCUCAUCAACCAAGCUGAGUUCGCACAAUACUACCUUCGCGUUAAUGGCUCUCGGGAAGUGACCCAGCUUGUAGCCAGAUUCUCAGAAGAUUUUCUGGCAGACGUAGACGAAUAUGUGUGGCACGUGGAAUUAGCGGUGGAAAAUGACGUUGGUCGGUGUGGACCCGUGUCAACAAUAUACAAUGCCUCCACAUCUGCAGUGUGCAAAGACAUCAUGUAUCCUUUUAAUGGCUUUUGGGCGAGUGUGGGCUGGGUGUUCUUCUUCUUCCUGCCGGCGAUGGUUCUGGCUGUUCAGUUAUCGUCUUUGUACCGGAAGACUGAACCAUAUCCAGGACCUCUCAAUGAAUCCGAAUACAUGUAUGAUGCAUAUGAUGAGAGGAACAGCUUUCCUAUGUCCAACCAAGAGUCCAUGUAUGACGCAUAUGCUGAGAGGGACAACAUCCCACUCACUACUAAAACAGUGGAAAGACGUCCCAUACUGGUCAGCAGUGCAUAUGACAAGAAGCAGCGACGGCGUUCGCGCGACCAUGAAGGGUACGUGAGCAGCAGCUACACUGCUGAUCAGCAAUACAGUGGCUCCCGAGCUUCUCCACCACACACGGAAUAUAUCAACACUUCUGACUGGGCAGACUACCCUCCAAGCGGCGGGCCCCCACGUUACACCAGUCAGCCCAGCCUCUCCCCAGAGUACGAGAGACCGCCUCCAUAUUAUUACCCCGGGCCUGGGCCGCAGUAUUAUGGGGGCCCUCCCCCUGGGACGGGGCCAGCUGCUGGGGGGAUGCAGGUGCACCCGCCCCCUCCAGGCAACCCCCCGGCUGGGCCUCAAGGCCCAACAAACUUCCUUCACGGCCCUGCCCCUUGGAACCCACAACAACGCACCAUCAAUCUUGGCGGCUGGAAGAUCUCCCCGGCCUACUCUCGGGACGAAUACGAUGCAUAGUGGCCAAGCAUCCAGCCGGCCCUCUGCACUCUGCUUGAUGCAUAGAAGAUACCAGGAAAAGCCUGCGGUUCAUGAUGUACCAAAGUGUAUUGAUAGUUGGCCUUGAUAACAGACUGUUGUACAUCCCCAUCACCUCCUCUCAAGAAGAAGGCACUUGAGUAAUUGGAAGUGAUUCAUCUCCUUGUUAACCAUUUUUUUUUAUUUGACUGGUUAAUGAUACAAAAUAUAUCUUAUUUGUAUCCACAAUGCUUUGUUCUGAGAACUAGGAACAUUCCAUACAAUCUGAUUAAAAAAAUUAUUUCCAUUCUUGUGAUUUAACAGAUUGAAGAAGGAACUGAAGCCAGGUUACAAAAACCUAUUUAUUGAAACAUGAUAUUUCACUUUUUGGUGAUAUUGGUUGUUGUUUACAUUUAUAGAUUAGUAAAAAUGUAGCUGGACUUAUAUUCAGAGAAUUUCAUACCUGUUAAUCAUCUGUGAAUAACUGUAUUCAAACUGCCAGUUUCUGUCUCCCUGUUAAGUGUUAGUAGAUUUUCAGUGCUUAAACUGUAGUUGCACAUAGAAAAAUACUUCAAAGAAUAGUGCAGAGUAGAGACUAGUUUUCUGAAAGGAAUUAGAGAAACUCUCUGAAUGCAGUGAUAGGAUAAUGCUAUUAUGCGAUAUGACUGUACGAAAAAUAUUCCAAUACUAGAUUUUUGUGAUUCUGCUGUGUUGUUUUGGAUAAGAUAUUGCUUUAACCUCAUGUUCACUGGAAGAAGAAGCUGCUUGAUGUUAGUCAGUCAAUUGCUGGCAGUAUAAUAUGUGGUAUUCAGCCUUUUCUUCAUAAUAACAUUACCUCUUAGAGUGUCCACAUGAGAGGGAAUCUCGGCAUCUGAAUCUGAAAACACCAUUUGAGUGAUGUUGCAAAUUAACUGUUGCUGUAAACUAGGUAUUGAUUGUCUUCAAGAUUAUAAGAAUUUACGAUGAGCAAGGAGCUGGAACUAAUUAUUGUGUUAAGAAAUAACUAAGUACAGUACUAAAGUCUUAUAAGAUCCUCCAGUGGUGUUGAAGUUUCUAGUCUUUGUGUAAACAUUUUCAUAAUGGACUCCAUCACAUGUGGAUACAACAGUGUGCUUAUUCAGAAGUUCUGGGUGGAGAUUGUGAUGAAAUCAACAGUUUUGAGUUUUAUUUUGUGAGGAGACUCAUAUCCUUUUGAAGAGUAGCUGGAAGAUAAGCCACAUUUUUCUUGUAAGGUUCAAUACUGAUGGUCUUGUCACAAUUGCUUUUAGUGAUUGUAUCCAGAGUUAAGUAAUCCUAGAUAUCAUGAUCAUAUGUGUCAAAUGCUGCUGUUUAUGGAAGGCACAUCCUUUACUUAGUUUAGGAAGUGAUAUUUGAUACUCACUGUAUGUUAGGCACAGAUUAAACCCUCCAGUUAGUUUUCUGACAGCAGAUUUAAAAUAACAAAGCCUUGUUAUUCCCAGCCUCAUUGUUAUAAAACACUUUGCUCUCAAUAUAUAUAAUUUCUAACUCCAUAUCUUGCUUUUGAAUUUAAAGUAAGACUGUAAUCUUGAAAUAAAGUUCAGUAAUGUGACAUAAUGUGAUGGGAUUAACCAGGUUUAUUUACAGUAAUCCCCCUUAGUCUGUUGUAAGUUACUAUUGAAACUACUUCACUAUAUACAAGAAAUCAAGACAUCAGGAAAUGUGUCGGCCACAUUGAUUUUACACUACUGUACAAUAUUUUAAUAAUGGCCUCUUUCAGUCUCAUGGUAUUUUGGGAAUGAGUUUGGAGACAUACUCAAGUUUAGUAAUAAACUUGAUAAAAUAUGUUGUUCAUGGUAUAAGCAUAUUUUGACUUAACAGCUUUAUAAAUGGUGUCUCCGGUAAAGGUUUUAGAGACAAUGUUGGCAGGAGGGAAGCACCAUUGAUGGAGUUGUCUUGUUUUAGUAGAAAUAACUGAAAACCUGAUAAUAUCGUCAAACUGUAGGCCAAUACUUAAAAAAAAUGUAAUUAUGAUGAGUAUGCAUACAGUGCUUUCAAGCAUUGUAUGAAUGGUUGACAUGUGAUUCCCAGUAAUUUUUGUCUUUGUUCAAGUACAACAAAUAAUACUCUUAUGGUGUGAGCUGAGAGUAUUUCUUAUUGGACACUUGUCUAAUUCAAUUGCUGGACACCACAAACAAUCUUUGGAUCUUGUAUGUUUUAUUUUUUUUAUUUUUUAUUUUUUUUUUCCCUGUAGUUCACAUAAUUUAAAUUUUUAUUUUAUCCUGAAUUCCUAAAUGAAAUGUUUUUUGUUUGUUUAUGUCAAGUUAACACUUCAGUUGACUGUGUUUUUUAUGUCAACAGCAGCCAAGUGGCACUUUCCUUUUAAUAAAAAUAACUUGGUACAGUAUUUUGAGACAAUACCAGGUUGAGCAUGAGGGUCUCACUGUAGUUUUCAACCUUACAGUGUGGAUGCAAGGUUCUGGAUAAGUGCACUACAGUAUGUCAUAUUACCUUGAGUAAUCAAGGAGGGCUAUUUUAAUGUUAAUUUUAGUUUGAAGGUAAGAAUGUGAUCUGUACAUUUCUUUAUUUAAUUUUACUGAGCAGACUUUUCCAGUUCAUGAAAGCAUGUUAAUACUGGAGUUAUUGUUUAAUUCUUUUUUUUUUUUUAUCUAAAGGGUUGAAAGUUUUCCUGGGAAGUAAUAUUGUAAAAACAUGUAUCCAGUAGAAACUGGAUUACUCAAGAGGUGUGCCAGCCUCAAGUAUCAUGUAGUUGUGUUGGAGCUCCCGACUCACUUUAAAGACUUUUGGUAUAUGCUUCUUACAGCUACUGUGAAUGGAUGUGAAUUGUGUAAUCAUGUAGCUCUUUAAAUGCCAUACAAAUAUAUUUGCUCAUUAAGUUUAACUAUUUAUGUAGAUACCUAGUAUUUCAUAUUCAGAUUUUUUUAUGUGAAAUUACACUUUGGGAGGAACAAGAGCCAGCCUCCCAUUGCAGGAAGUUUAGAUCUUCACAAAACUAAUUCUUGCAAUCUAAAUAUGUUGGAGUGAUGAAUACAUUUCAUCUUAAAAUUUACAGCAAUAGGCCAAGUGAUCAUCUGUGUUAUUUAGCAGUAAAAUGUAGUUUCAUGCCAAAAUGGUUUACAGUAUCUAAUGCAACAGCAAGCCAUUGUUGUUUUUCAGUCAAGUGUUAAUGAAUGUAUAUGUAUAUAUAUAUAUAUAAAUAUAUAUAUAGAUCAGGUGUGAGAAUGAGUGUUGGUCUCAUGUACUUUAACAAAUACCUAUACCUAUACCUAUGCCCCGUGUGAUUUUUAUAUUAUUCUGCAGUUUUCCUUGUCAGGUCUGUAUAAUACAUGAACCAUUUUGUAGAAAA